ACACUACACUGAUGUCCUACUAAGUACUAAACAUCAUUAUUGAUUUGAAUUGCAGUUGAAGAGGAACUAGUGGAACCAAAUCCAUUAUUUCUUUGCUUCUCCAUUGAUACUGUAUGUGGUGGAAAAUAAUUGCCGGCACUGAAGAAGAAAUGGAGGAGGGCACGACUAACAGCACUAUUGACCGGUAUGCCAAGCUCACAAAGGGCUCUUGGUGCAGUCAAUUCUAUAAUGGCUCCAACCCUUGGAUGGCCAGAUAUGUUUAUGGCCUAAUGUUUCUCGUUGCAACUUUUCUUGCAUGGGCAGUUCGAGAUUAUGGCCAUAGCGCCUUGAAAGAAAUGGAAAGACUAAAAGGAUGUGGAGGUGGCAAGGAGUGUUUGGGUACAGAAGGAGUUCUGCGAGUGAGCUUGGGAUGUUUUAUAUUCUAUUUUGUAAUGUUUCUUUCUACAGUUGGUACCUCAAAGUUGUGCACACCAAGAGAAUUGUGGCAUUCUGGAUGGUGGUCUGCCAAGAUUCUUUUGAUGAUUGGACUGACGGUGCUGCCCUUUUUUGUUCCUUCAGUUGUUAUUCACCUUUAUGGGGAUCUUGCGCAUUUUGGUGCCGGGGUCUUUUUACUAAUUCAGCUAAUCAGCAUCAUUAGUUUCAUUACAUGGAUAAAUGAUUGUUGUCAUUCUGACAAAAAUUCUGACAAAUGCCAUAUCCAAGUGAUGUUACUUGCAACAACUGCAUAUGUUUUAUGCAUUAUGGGGAUCAUUUCGAUGUACAUUUGGUAUGCACCAGACUCAUCGUGCCUUCUUAACAUUUUCUUCAUCACCUGGACACUAGUACUCCUCCAACUCAUGACCAGUGUCUCUCUCCACCCAAAAGUGAAUGCUGGCUUCUUGACACCAGGGCUUAUGGGGCUUUAUGUGGUGUUCCUCUGCUGGAGUGCCAUAAGAAGCGAACCACCAGAAGAAAAGUGCAUCAAGAAAGUGGGAGCAGCAGCCAAAGGAGACUGGUUAACCAUCAUAAGCUUGGUUGUUGGAGUACUUGCAAUUGUUAUUGCAACAUUUUCAACAGGCAUUGAUUCCCAAUGUUUUCAGGUGCAGUUUAAGAAGAAGGAAAGAGAGUCUGAAGAUGAUGUUCCAUACGGGUUUGGCUUCUUCCAUUUCGUUUUCGCCACAGGAGCCAUGUAUUUUGCUAUGCUAUUGAUUGGUUGGAAUACUCAUCAUACCAUGAAAAGGUGGACAAUUGAUGUCGGUUGGACCAGCACUUGGGUUAGAAUAGUAAACGAAUGGCUUGCGGUUUGCCUUUACAUAUGGAUGCUGGUAGCACCAAUAGUGUGGAAAAGCAGACAGUCAGUAGCUGAAUCAGUGUAAGGGUGUCCUGAUGAAUUAUUUUCCAAAGGUUGCCUCCAUUCUUGUGAUGUGCAUAUAUAUAUUCUCCAGUUCAUCUUGAGGGAAGCUUAGAAAACCUUAAAAGAGGGUGCUCUAUGCGACUAUGAUGUAAUAGAUUUUCUUGUUCUAUACAGCCCUGCACAUUGACAUGAUUAGAAAGGCAUUUUUAUUAUUUGUAAAUACUCUCUACUUGAGGAAACAUUUACGCAACCAUAAAUCUCCCUCUAUAUGUUCUUGGUUUAAAUUCAUCAAUAGUAUUUCUUUAUUUCUUUUUCAUUUUUUGUCUCCCUUUUGGAAACCCAUUCAGACCUCAAUCUGUUUUUUAUUCUAAAACUUCAUCCUUACGUGUCAAGUUUUUUAAUAAAUAAAAUUUAUAAAAUUUGUUAAUUUGUAUAGCAUUUUCUUACCCGAAUCAACUGCUUUUAUUUCAAGUUUUUAAAAGAAAGCUUUAAAAGAUAGGAGGACGUGGCAUAUGCCACCAACCAUAUCAACAUCAAUAGCAAAAAUAAUUAGCAAAACACAAUAUAUGCUUUACAAACAUUCAAUUUUAUAAAAUUACUGACAAAAUAUGACCUCACUCAAUUGUGAAGAAAAUUUUAUAAUCAUACAAAAAAGUGAAUAAAAAAUAGCUUAAAAUUUUGAUAAAAAUUUUUGGGGAGCAGCAGUCA